GUCGACACACAUCUCCUCGCUCUUGAUUCUAUAUAUAAAUUUAGUUAGUCGGCAAGCAUGGAUUCCAUGCCAACAUCUCGCGAGAAAAGUGAAGUGAACGGUGUUAAUAAUGAAUCCGAAAAAAUUGAUAUCGACAAAAUUAAAAACAUGCUCACAGAAGAACAAGUGCAUAGUGAUACAAUUGCCCGAAGACGACGAAGAUUUACAAAGAAGCGAAGCACUAGUUUGACAAGACGAGAUCCUACACCAGUAAGACACUUGGAUGAAAAAUUUACUUCAGACGAAGAGCCAGUCGAGCCGAAACCGAAAACACCCGAACGACCACGUAGGCCGAAAAGAAACAAAAGUUUAAUAAAACACAAUUUGAGUGAAACAGAUACACCUUCUGUCGAAGAUAGCAACAAAAGCAACAAUGUUAGUAGAAAUAACAGUUUUAGAACUAAGCUUAAAAGGUUUGAGGCACAACUUAAGGCCAUUGAAACAAAUGCUCCUAGAAAGAAAAGUUUAUCGGACUUGGCACAGGAUGAAGUGGUUGCAAUAUUUAACAAAACUAAGAAAAGCAUAACAAAUGCCGCAAUAAAAGGUAGGGAGAGAUUUAGAAAAGAUAAGGAAGUAGCCAAAAGAAGCCAAUCGGCACCAAAUAAAAUAGUAGAUCAAGAGUUUAAUAAACAUGUUCAAAACGGAGAGCAAAUUGAACAACUAUCACAAGAAAAACCUAGAAAAUAUUCUGAGUCUGAUAUGAUUAUGGAAAGACUGCGGAAAUAUUCAGAUUCUAGCUUACAUACAACCAUACAAGAUAUUGAAUUCUCAGGUCCUAUAAUUAAAAAAGCUAAAGCGUUAAGACGAGAGUCGCCAUCAGGACUUCGCCAUAGAAAAAAACCUGAAUUCUCUUCAAAGGUAGUGGAAAUACUUGAUCCUAGAACACUAAGCGUAGUUUCAAGAAAAACAGUUUUACGCCUUCCAGAAUUAAAAUUAAGAGACUUAUACAAAAUACUAAGGUUCUAUUCAAUAUUUGAAAUUUUCAGAGCCUACAGAUUAUACAAAGUUGAAAUGAAAGCUGAAUACAAAAAGAUAAAAACCUUGUGGAAUAAAUGCAUGUUUGAACUGUUUUUAAUAAUGAUGUUUUGUGGUGCAGCUGGCUUUAUUUUUAAAUAUACUGAAGGAAGAUUUGAAAAUUUCUACAAAUGUGGAGUUAAAAGAGUUAAACGAGACUUUAUUGAUUUACUUUGGUCCAAAAGCCAUAAUUUAAGAGAAGAUGAUUGGAAAUCUUUAUUUCGAAAUAAGCUAAAAACAUUUGAAGAAGAACUGCAUGCAGCUCAUGAAGCCGGUAUGACCUCUUACAGUGGACAACGUUCCUGGAGUUUUUUAAACAGCGUUGUGUAUGCUUUGACUAUUGUCACAACUAUUGGAUAUGGUCACCUCUACCCCUCUACUACCACUGGUCGAGCUUUAACAAUUGUAUAUGCCAUAGUUGGAAUUCCUCUCUUUCUUAUAGCUCUUACAGAUUUUGGUAAAUUAUUCACUAGAGCUAUUAAAUUUUUAUGGUCAUUUGUUAGACGACUUUAUUAUACGGGAAGCUGUAGGAAAGUUAGAAAAAGUGCAACUGCUUCGGAAAUAUUUAAAGGAGCCCAAAUGAUGUAUGGCAUAGCAACUUUCCGUAGACCUUCAAAGGACCCCUCCGCCGAAAGUACAGGACCAUUUUCAACAGAUAUCACCAGUAUAAAACCUAUGUCAUCGCACGAUACUGUGAUAUCGGCAAUGUCCGAGGACACACCAACGACACCAGAUUUAUCAACUUUUGAAAUAGAUGAUGAGUUUAAUUUACCAAUAUCCGUUGCUUUGUUUAUACUUGCAGCGUAUAUGUUUAUAGGAUCCUUAGUAUAUUGUGCCUGGGAGAAAUGGGAAUUUUUCACCUCGUUUUACUUUGUAUUUAUUUCACUUUCUACAAUAGGAUUUGGCGAUUUUAUCCCAUCUCAACCAGUUGUUCUAAUUGUAUCAAUAGUUUAUCUAGUUUUUGGAUUAGCUUUAAUGUCAAUGUGCAUUAAUGUCGUUCAAGUCAAACUCAGUGACACUUUCCAACAAGCUUCCAUUAAGUUAUCCAGUACCAUGGGUUUUGAAAUGCCAGAUAGUGCUCAAACUUUAAAUGAAAAUGAAUCAGAUCUUGUCCUAGUACAUAAAGAUGUUGACAAAAAUGAGGACGAGACUAAGAGUGAGAAGAUAGUAGUCGAAAAUAAUAACUCAGCUACCGAUGUUGAACCUGCACCUGAAAAAUCGAAAUAAAAGGAAGAAUUCAAAUAUUCUACUUUCUUCAAGCAAGUACGUGAAGGUAAAUUACAACAAUUUUUAUUGGACAUUUGAACUAUUUAUAUUUGAAUAUGGCUGUUACGUAAAAAGUUACCUUGUAUAUACUUUUAAAGUUAACAAAAUAUUUUAUUUCAUAAUCUUUUGUGCCGUUAUCGAACAUAGAACAAAUGUUCGAAUUUUUGAUUUAAUAUAAUUAAAAACAAUAUGAACUUUGUAAACUGGGUGUUUAUUAAUUUGUAGUUGGUCUAAUAAUAUUAGUAGUAAUACUUUUAAACCUUACCCAAUAAUCUUCCAUGGUUAGUGACAAAAUUACUUUUUCCCUACCAAAUUUUAAUAUCCAAUUAACUUUUGUUAUCAGGGUACGUAAUUAUCUAUAAAAUAUAUGUAAAUACAAUGCUCAUUCGUUGUUUAUUUGGAUUGCGUUUUAAUGUUUUGC